CACCAUGGAUGCUGACCCGCGUGUCGCGCGUAGGGUAGAGAUCCUGUAAGCGGGAGGCCUGAGUGUCGUUCUUCCCAUGGAUCUGGGAUUUCGGACUUCGACUCUCUUCAAAUGCAGUUGAAAUAAUCCGAAACACACCUGAAAGCGCUGAUGAUACAACGAGAGGCCUUGCAUAUUAUUUGAGUGAGCGACACAACAACAGAGACAUCAUGAUGUAUCUACCAAAGGACAGUCUGCUGGCUCUGGUCUGGGCCAGCGCUGCGCUUGCGACGCCAUUGAUUGUGGAACCAAUCCGAAGUCAUGACCUCGCGGCGCGUGAUGAUACUCCAUGUCCAACAUCUGGGUACUUAUCGAAGAAUGGCAUGAACUUUACGACAUAUUGCAACCAUAAUAACCCUGGACAUGAUGCCAUGGACAUCAAAUAUUUCACAUCUCCCUCUAUGGCGGACUGUAUGGAGCACUGCUCGCGCUACUGGGGGAACAGCGAAGGCUGCUACGGCGUGGUAUGGCGCGAAGACAGCAAAUGCUGGAUCCGCGACAGCAACACAACCGUCGGCAGUGUUGUUGUCUCAACAGACGGUACCCAUUCUGCGCUCAUCGCCUCGGAUACAUACGAAGAGAUCGACACAUCGUGUCCCAGCACCGACCUCAGCACGCACACAAUCGAUGGCCUGCCCGGACUCGGCUACACGCUUCAAUGCAACAAAGACAUCAAUGCCUUUGAUACAUGUUGGUCUGGCUAUCCCAAGCCAUGCUGGGACACACAACACGUCGAGGGUCUAUUUAUUGGCUUCUACCACACCACGACCCUAGAAGAGUGCGUACAGAUAUGCGCCGACCAGUCUCCGCUCUGCAAAGGCGUAUCCUGGAACCCCGACUACAGCAUCGGGUUUGCCAACUGCUGGCCAAAAACGGGAUGGUCUGACGACACGCUCAUGACACCAAGCACAAAAGCCGGCAUCAUACACUCUGUAACCAUCACGUCGUUUGACCGCAUCGACACCACUUGUCCGUCCGACACUACAUACUCAACGACUAGCAAUCACAACUUCGAUAUUCAUUGCGGCCAGCUCAACGAGGGCACGAAUCUCACGCAGAUCCACACGCAAAACAUCACAGCGUGCAUGGACUCGUGCGCCACGACAAACAACUGCAUCGGCGUCGUCUUCGACUCAACACUGCAAAACGGAUUCAAAAACUGCUAUCUGCAGAACACAACGAGCACGCUCAGCGAAAAGGCAUCGGCAACAUUCGCCGCACUAUCGGGAUCUGCAAUACCCUCAUCCAGCUCAUCACCCAGCAGCACCUCCACACCCGACCCCAGCUCCAGCUCCAGCUCCGGCUCUAGCUCCAGCUCCGGCUCCAGCUCCAGUUCGAGCAGUGCCUGGAUUGCGGGCCCCGUGAUCGGCGGUCUGGCCGGCCUGGCUAUAAUCGGCGGCGCAGCGUUCUGGUGGCGACGGCGUCGGGCUAAUGAUGCAACGAUGGGCGAGAAGCAUGAGGGUGUUCAGUACGAUGCUGCGCCGAUGCAUAGCCCGGGUCUGGCGCAUGGUGCGCCACAGCAGACGGCGUACUUUGAUGCGCAUGAAGCGGAUCCCGGGGCGAUGAGGAGCGAGAUGCCAGCUACGACCAAGUAUGCGCAUCGUACGGGGGAGGGGGAGGUGCAUGAGGCGCCGUGAGCGGAUGGGGGCUCACUGGUGUGUGGCCGUGGGCGGCAGGUCGUGGAUGACACCGCGGGCUGAUCGUUACAGUGCACUCUAGACCAGUUGAACAUGUAUUCCGAGCGUUGUUUUGUGAUACCAUGACUGCCUUUAGCGUUUUUACUGUACUUAAUCGAUGAUAUUCUGUGUCUUCCCGC